CAGCCUCUUAGAAGAUUCGCGCCACGAAAACGCACUCACGCACAUCACAUCUGCGCGCGCGUAUAACCUUCUCUCAUCUUCUCUCCCCUCUCUUAAUUGACGCCCCCAGCGCAAGAUAGCAACCAUCCAUUGCGCAAAGCAAAACACAACUAUAAAUAUGGUUUGGUCUUAAAACCCUUGCAAAACCCUUGAUUAGUUUUUACUCUCAUCGAGCUAGCUCGAUCGAUCAUGUUGAAGCCACUCCAGCUGGUGAAGGAAAAUGCGUCUGCCCACCCGAAAACCUGGAUCGCCGUCGGACUCGGCGUCGCCGGAGUCUUGGUUUUGGUCGAGACUCGCCGCCGCCGGAGGAGGAGUAUCGCCAUGGGUGCUCAUCUGUUUGGUAAUAAAGACGAUUUCGGCGCUUUCUUGGAGCGAUUCGAACUUCUUCCUUUCCUUCAGCCUCCUCCCCCUGCCGCUAGACUAUCCCUUUCUGAUCUCUCCUUCGCCAUUUCCGACAUAUUUGAAGUGAAAGACUAUUUGACGGGGUUUGGGAAUCCGGAUUGGCGGAAAACUCACGAGGCAGCUGAGAAGACGGCGUUGGUAGUGACUGCUUUGCUGAAGAACGGGGCGAAAUGUGUAGGCAGGACUGUCAUGGACGAGCUUGGUUUUGGGAUAACUGGGGAGAAUAUUCAUUAUGGUACUCCUGUUAAUCCACACGUAGCCUCCUGCAUUCCCGGAGGUUCAUCUAGUGGUUCUGCCGUGGCUGUUGCAGCUGGACUUGUAGACUGCGCUAUUGGUACUGAUACAACUGGAUGUGUAAGAAUCCCAGCAUCAUUUUGUGGUGUAAUUGGAUUUCGCCCAUCUCAUGGAGCUGUAUCUACAAUUGGAGUGCUGCCUAAUUCUCAAAGCUUGGAUGCUAUUGGAUUCUUUUCCAGUGACCCAUCUGUUCUACAUCGUGUUGGACAUGUCUUGCUUCGACUAAAUUCAGUGGAACCUAAAAGGGCCAGACGCCUUAUUUUUGCUGAUGACCUUUUUCAGCUGUCUAAGAUUCCUACACAGAGAACGGUGCACGUUGUCAGCAAAGCUAUUGAAAAUCUAUCUGGGUACCAGCCACCCAAGCAUAUGAAUUUCGGAAAGCAUAUUGCGUCAAAUGUGCCCAGUCUGAAAAGCUUUUGUGAAGUAUCUUCAAACCUUCAAAGUGGAACAUUUGCUUUGAAAGCUCUGUCAUCUGCGAUGGUUACAUUGCAAAGAUAUGAAUUUAAAUCAAACCAUGAAGACUGGGUUAAAUCAGUAAAACCAAAGUUAGGACCUGGUGUAUCAGAUUGUGUAUAUGCUGCAAUUAAGACAACAUAUGACAAUAUUAAAACCUUGUAUAAAGUUAGGACUGAGAUGCGAGCUACCCUUCAAAGUUUAUUAAAGGAUGACGGAAUAUUAGUAGUUCCCACUGUGGCUGAUCCUCCAUUGAAGCUACGUACAAGGAAAGGGUCAUUCUCUGAGUUCCUUGACCGCACAUUGGCACUAACAAGUAUUGCAACCAUGUCUGGGUGCUGUCAGGUUACGGUUCCUGUUGGAAAGCACAACGAUUCUCCCAUUUCUGUUUCAUUUAUCUCAUUUCAUGGUGCUGAUAAAUUUCUUCUUGAUACGGUUUUGGAUAUGUACUCUUGUCUGCAAGAGCAAGCCAGUGUUGCAACCAAUUCAUUGCCGUUGCCAGAUACCAAUGGUAGCAUGGAUGCUUCUGAACUUUUGAAAGAGAAGGGCAAUGCUGCCUUCAAGGGAAAGCAAUGGAAUAAGGCUGUGAAUUACUAUACUGAAGCUAUCAAAUUAAAUGCAACAAAUGCAACUUACUAUUGCAAUCGGGCAGCUGCAUACUUAGAGUUAGGCUGCUUCCAGCAAGCAGAGGAGGAUUGCAGCAAUGCAAUCGAACUUGACAAGAAGAACGUGAAGGCAUAUUUGAGACGUGGAACAGCUAGAGAAUCACUCAUUCGUUAUAAAGAGGCUAUGCAAGAUUUUAAGCAUGCUCACGUUCUUGAACCACACAAUAAGGCUGCUAAUAUAGCUGAAAAAAGACUCAUGAAGCUAAUGAGUUAAGGGUUGGAUCCCGUUCCACAAAUGACAACCUCAGUUUCGUGCUAGUUAAAAUCUGCUAAUAAUUUUGUUUUAGCAUGAAGCGUCUGGGAUUCUCAUCUGUUUGGAUCAUGAAGUCCGACGAAGAAGAGGUGAGGCUUGCUUCGUUGAAUGCAGCAUUUUAAUUUUUUUGUUCUUUGUAUACUGUUUUAUUUGUAACUAGCCAUACACUUGUGGUUAAUUGCAUGCAUUAACCAAUUUUGUCCACAUGGUUUCUAGCACAAAUUGUUUGUCCCGUAGGAGAGAGAGAGAGAACAACAGAAAGAUAAAGAAAAAAAAAAGAAAAGGAAAUGAUUUCAAUAAAGACCAUGCUUUUUGUAUCAAAUCAAACGGGUCAUUGUUAUACAUGCAUUAGCCAAGUUUGGUUGCUUGUUUCAUUUGUCUCCAACCUCAAAGAAGAGAGUGUUUAUCGUUA